AUGUCAUCUGACGAAGACAUGGACGAUAAUUAUAUCAUGUUAUCGAAACUUAUAAAAGUAAUGAAUUAUGAUUCAACUGUUGUAAUUCUAGACAGUGGUUAUGAUAUUAAUUAUUCAGUGCCAGCCAACAGUCCCGUCCAAUAUUUUAAACCUGAUUGGUUGGGAAAUACAGCAUUGCAUUUUGCUGCUGAAUCAGAAAACACAUCUAUUGUUAGUUUACUACUUAGUCGAGGUGCUGAUUUUACUUACAAAAACAACAAAGGUUUUACCCCAUUACGUUUCCUUUCUGAAUACUACUGUGAAGAACGUGAGAUCAGCAUAGCAAACAGUGCCGUACUUAAGUUGUUAUCUGCCCACAUUAAAUUCAAUAAUCCAGCAAAUCCACAAUGCAAAAACGGAAUAUCUCAUUUUCAUAUAGCUUGUAUGACAAGAAAUUUAGAGGUAGUGAAGUUCUUUCUUGAUGCUGGUGUUUCAGUUAAUCAAGCCAUUAAUUUUGAUUCUGUCAGAUUUCCUGGAUGCACGCCAUUGCACUUGGCAAUGAAAAUUGACAAUGAAGAUGUGGUUCAAAUACUUUUAAAAAAUGGAGCAGAUUACAAUUACUUGAAUGCAGUUCAAAUGAGUCCCUUGCAUUGUAUUAUAAAAGAGAUAAUUGACAAAAGUUGGCGCAGCAAACGAAUACUGGAAAACGAGCAUGUAUUGAAUACAAUAUUUAAACACAAUACAAAUUCGUAUUCGAGAGAUUGCAUUGGAUUGUCUUAUUUACACGUGAAAGCCAUAACAGCCUCAGCAUCCAAUGACGAAAAUUUUUGCAAACUCAAGCAGUUUCUAGAGCAGUUUUUGAAAAAAGGCCAGAAUAUUAAUGCACCAGUGAAUUUUAAUUCUCCAGUGUGGCCAGGUUACACACCUCUGCAUUUCGCUGCCCUCUGCAAUUGGGAAACUUUCAAGUUCUUGCUGGAGAAUGGAGCUAACAUCUUGGCUAAAGAUGCUCAAGGUACAACUCCACUAGAUUUGUGUUUGAAGAAAAAUGAUCUGUCAGAAAUUUUUCCCGCCCUCAUGGCUCAAGAAGUGUUGGCUUCCAUUCAGUUUCAAAAUGGCACAAAAUUAACUAAUGUUCUGACAGUAUUUAAUAGCCCAAAAAAAUUAAAAAAUCAUUUGACAACAGAUAUCAAUGCCAUUAUACCGUUGGACUCACCACUGUGGCCAGGUCGCACGUUACUACAUCUGCUUGUGAUCUUUUUGCAUAAAUAUUUAACUUACAGUAGUUUCAACGAUUCUGAUGAUUCUGGUGAUUUUGAUGACUCUUACAAUGAUUAUUUGUAUUAUCAUGAUGGUUAUUUAUAUCAGGAAGUUGAUGAAGAUGACUUCUACUUAGACGAUGACGAUGACGAGUACGACGAUUACGACGAUGACGACGAUGACGAUGAUGAUGAUGACAACAAUCAUGACGGUGGAGUUAACAUAGACAACGAGAAUAACGUAAACGACGAUAAUGACAACGACCCCACUGUUGAAGAGGAUGAUGACAAUGACAGUUUCGACAGCAAUGACAGUGACGAAGGCAGUAAUAAUGUAGACAGCAAUGACUCGGAUUUUCUGGUUAUAAGUGCAGAAGACGUGAAAUUAUGUUUAGAUAGUGGAGCUGUUACAAUUCAAGAUACAAAUGGAAUGACACCUCUUCAUCUGGCUUUUUAUAACAAUGAUUUUGAAUGUGCAGAAGUUAUUUUAAAUACUGUCGAUACUCUUGUCAACCCUGUGGAUCAAAACAAGAUAUCACAUAUGCAUAUAGCAUGCUUUUAUAGCAAUACACAAGUGGUAAGUCGGUUCUUAAAAAACGGAGCAGAUCCCAACAUGCCGAUGAAAAUUAAUCUGCAAGACGUUUGUGGAUUGCUCAACGACACCAAUGUUCCAAUUAAAUGUGGAUCUACACUUUUACACAUUGCAGUAUCAGUUGGUUGUAAGGAGAUGGUGAGAUUGUUAUUAAAGUAUGGUGCUGAUUCCACUCUCGUUGAUAGUGAUGGAUUAACUUGGCUGCAUCGAGCAUUGAUCAGUCGGCAUUUUGACAAAUUGAAACCUUUUUUAUGGAGGAAUUCUGAAGUCUUGAAACCAAAUACUACAGUAAUAAGUGAGCUGUUCUCUAUAUUCCAUAUAGCCUGUUGCUCUGGAAAUUUAGAAGCAGUUAAAAAGUUAAUAUCUCGAGUAGACGAUAUUAAUGAGCCCAUCACAGAUAAAUUAAUGGAGCACAUUCGAUACAUUCCCUAUCACAUGAGUUUAGGGGACACUCCUUUACAUUUAGCCGUCAGGGCUGGAUCUAGGAAAAUAAUUGACCUGCUUUUAAAAAAUGGGGCCAACCGAGAAAUAAAAAAUACCAAGGGUUUUACUCCAGCUCAGUUGGCUUUGUUUUUAAUGGGUGAAAUUCCACUCUCGGUAAUUCAACGUCUCGUUAUGGAAUAUAACAAUGAAAAAAGCAAGUUAACAGAAUUGAGUGUUAUCUAUGCUUUCCGAAUCAUGCAUCUGAAACUGUCAACUGAUCCUAAUUUACAACUGAGUGUGGAUGCAAUUACAAAAUCAAAAUUAAGUGAUUUUCAAAACUUCUGUUGCUCCGAAAGAAUUAUCAAGUUUCAGUUUUCACCAAGUCAGAAACUCAUCGUGAACCAAGAAGGACUAUCAGCUUUUCAUAUGAGCUGUACAGGGGAUGACCUUGACAUAAUAAAAAAGUUUCUCAAAACAGGCGUUGAUGUUAAUUCUCCCGUGCAUCAUCUGGCCUUUCAUUUCCCUGGAUACACUCCACUACAUUUUGCAGUAAAAUUCGGUGAUAAAAGUGUAGUCGAGUUGUUAUUAAAGAAUGGAGCCGACAUCAACCUGGAGGACUCAUAUGGCCAUACUGCAAUAAAUUUAGCAGGAAUAAGACCUCAGAGUGGAUCACUCGAAGUUCUUUUAAGGUUACGCAACGUUGAUGUUGCAACAAAGAAUACACUGGGUCAGACAAUAAUAGAUUACUUUCUCAACAAAAUUUACAUGCCUGAACACCAAUUCGUAAAAUUUAUUAAACAAACUUCAGGAAUAGAAAACAUGGACUCGGCUAUUAAAAUACAACUUGUUAAGGGUUUAAUAGAUAAAUAUUCUUAUAAGAUUCUGCCGUCACUAGAAGACUUACUGCCCGACUUGAGUGAUGUCAAAAGUGAUGGAUGUAAUGUCAUCCAUUAUUAUGUACAAUGCAGUCGCUACUGUGAUAGUAAUGAAUUUGCUCAUCUCGUUGAAAAACUUAUAAUACGUGGUUGUGAACUAGAUCAACAAGAUGAUAGAGGGUGGACACCUUUAAAUCUGGCUGUAUAUUUUAAUAAUGUAAAAAAGUUCAAAGCUUUAUUGUGUGUUGGAGCUAAUAUUAACUUAAUUGAUGAUCCUCAUAGUAUAAGUGAAUGUUUUUACAAGCUUAUUCAGGAACACUUGAAUAAACUCAAAGCUGUUGGCCUGUACACCAAUCCUAUCCUAGAAAUGUUUUUUUAUUAUUAUAAUGUGGAUGUAACACGAGAAAUUAUCCAACUGGAUGACAUGAUUAAAGUAAAGUUUACUAAAUCAUUAUCUCUGCGCGAUGUUCUAACCAAUCAGUUCGUGGCCAAGUUUCCUAUGAUACCAAAGUGUCAGCGUCAAGAAAUCCUAAGUUACAUUGAUUCUAAUACUUUGCGACGAAAUUUUCCAAAGUGGCUGGGAAUUUUCAAGUUUCAAUUUUCUACAUACAUGACAGAAGAGAGCAAUAAAAAAGAAGGUAACAUUUCAAGCCCUGAAUUAUUAAAAUCUGUCAACUAA